CAGGUGAUGUUCGAAUUCGCUCUAUCCACAAGUCACCAUCCCUCUUUGCAUUUGAUGAUCAGUUUUGCCGCUUUCGCAACUACUACGUAAGAUUUUUGAUGUCACUAGCAACAAGAAGUCCAGUUGAUUUGUCAGCGAUCACAAGAUGACGCGCAAGUCGGCAUGGCCAUGGACCUCACCUCGCACACUCGAGGCGACCUACCUGGAUCCUAUACCUUGCGCCCGCUGAUCAAUGAAGUCCCGUUGACACCGAAAGAGGAUGGCAGCCCGGCGCACAUCACUUGCGUAGAUUCAUGGAACGGCAACUUGUAUAUCGGGUCUUCCUCUGGAGAGAUUCUACAUUAUUUCCAGAUCCCACCAGAUCCGGCCGAACCUGAUGGCGAGCCUGCGUAUAUCCUGGCUACGCGCAUUGAGCCUGAGCCUGCCUCAGCGCACACAUCGCCUUCUGAUAUUGGCGUGAAACAAAUCCUGUUGCUUCCGCACGAGGCAAAGGUCUGCAUUCUAUGCAAUGGAGUUCUACAAUUCUAUUCGCUGCCCGAAUUAAGCCCAGGCAUCGAUGGCAAAAUUAUCCGACAACAGGGAUGUCUCUGGGUGGGAGGAUUGGAUCGAAACAUUGCUCAGGAUGCACUGGAGCGACCAGACGGUACCGCGAUCGUCAUGUGCCUCAGGCCGCGGUUGCGCCUGAUCAACAUUGGCGAGCAGGCACGAAAGAUCCGGGACAUCGAACUUGGCGGCAUAUCAGCAAUCGAAAGAAGAGGAGACCUAGCUUGUGUCGCAGACGGAGAAUCAUAUUCACUGCUCGAUGUUGUUAAUCAGCGCAAGCAGGAGCUGUUCGCGAUUUCAUCCUCAGCCGACACACAACCUCUUGCGCCAGCUAGACCGGCUUCUCGCAGCGUCAGCUCUGCGACCAGUCCGGUACGCCAGAGCCGCGGGCAUGAUCGAAAUAUCAGUCUUGGUGGCCAGCCUCGGAGCGGUGACAGAUCUCGGCCAGAUCUAGGGAUGAAUUGGCCUACACGCGCAUCAUCCCGUACUUCAUUACCACCUCCUGCGAAAUCAUCUCGUGAGCCAAGCCCAUUGAAGGUUGACAAGCCGCUACCCGAGGCGCCCGAGAUACAACAAGUUCCAGAUGCGCGGACGAGACCUGCUCGUCCACUACCACCGAACAUCAUAUCACCAACCGCCAAUGAGUUCUUGCUAACAACGGGAACGAGGCUAGAGGAACCUGGUGUAGGAAUGUUUGUUAAUCUCGAUGGAGACCUCGUUCCCCGCGGCACACUGGAGUUCAGUAGCUACCCACUCUCCAUUGUACUUGACAGUAAUGGUCCCGAUGCGACCACCCCUAAACUCGACGACUUGUCCAGAGAGGGAACCUUGCUUGCUCUUGUGCAGAAGUUGGAAUCCGGGAUCAUGCAAAAAUGCAUUGAGAUCCAGAAAUGGAACGUUAAUUCCAGCGAGACCGACACUGCGAAAGAGUGGCUUGUCAUUGGUCCAGCGGAGGAUUUCGAGGAGCAACCCUCGCUCAGUCACUACGGCCUCAUAGAAGUAACAAGCCCCGCGCAAUUGUCAGGAGACAGCAUAGGCGCCGCGCUCCGACUGCGCCGACUUCGAAUAGGUAAAGAGCAUACAGAAAGCACCGAAGAAGACAGGAAACGCAACGCCGAGGAAGACAAAUUCGCUGCAAGAUUCGAGAAACUUCGCGCAAAUAUUCUGCUCUUUGCCAAUCGUCAGAUUUCGUGGGUGGUUCGUUGCCCAGUCGUGGUACAGCUCAACCGGCAGCUUGAUCUCGCUCUACAAAAGAACGACGAAGGCGUGGUGUCCGUGGACGUUUCAGCGAUACAAAAUGUUGUCAAGAUCUUGCGAGGUCGAGAGCCUCGUGAUGAGCUGGAGUUUCUCACUCUCACGUAUAUUCGUCAAAAAGCCGCUCUUUUGUUAUUUGGCCGACUAAUCCUGCAGACCGCCGGCAACAUCACCACUAGUGAGCUUGAUCGACAGCGGACUGAAGAUGCUUUGGGCGCUGCUGAGCUUGACCCUCGCAUCGUUCUCACGAUGGUGCCACCACUACAGAAAGAAAUAACCCAGGGAAAAGAUGGUAUAUGGGUGCCGCAAGGUAUUCGAGACACACUUGAUAUGCUCCGAGCUUCCUUCGAUGUCGCCGGCCUGAAUCAAGAUCCCAGGGGCCUAUUUGGCGAGAACAUCUUGAUGAUCAUGAAGGGAUACCUGUUCUCUUGGCGCAGGAAAAAGGGUUUCGGGAGUGUCGCUGACGAGGCAAACGUGUUCCUCACUGUUGACGCGGCGCUGCUGCAUGUCUUGCUCCUGCUUGAUCGACACAGCUCAUCUGGCCCCGCUGCCCCAGGCUCGAUUCGCGCCGAGCUCAACGACGUUGUCGAUCGCGGAGUUGAAUGCUUUGACAGGGCCGUUGAAUUAUUCGAGAAGUUUGGUCGCAUCUACAUGCUGAGUCGUCUUUAUCAAAGCCGCAAAAUGUCUGCUAAUGUCCUAGCGACGUGGAAGCGGAUAAUCGAGGGCGAAGUCGACGUUGGUGGCGAGCUUGUCGAUGGAGAGCUGCGUGUGCGUCGCUACAUUGCGCAGAUCAGAGAUAUCUCCCUCGUCGAGGAAUACGGAUCCUGGCUAGCUCGCCGUGAUCCGAGACUUGGAGCCCAGGUCUUCGCCGAUGACAAAAGCAAAAUAAAGUUCGAUUCAAACGAGGCGAUUGCCAUCCUCCAGAAAAAUGCCCCCAAUGCCGUGAAGGACUAUCUGGAACACCUGGUUUUUGACCGGAAUCACAUUCAAUACGUUAACGAUUUAAUCGCCUUUUAUCUAGAUACUGUCCUCAACGCCCUCGAGGAUUCCGAGUCAGUCCGUGGCCUCCUAUUAGACUCAUACGCGACAUAUAGAGCGUUGGAGCCGCCAAAACCUACAUACCGACAAUUUGUCGCCGACAACCCUGUCGAUGCCGAAUGGUGGCGCAAUAGAUUGAGGCUUUUGCAACUCAUUGGCGGCACCCACGGUCCAUCCUCGCAAUACGACGCGCAAGCGCUCGGCAGCCGCCUCGAGCCUUACAAGAACGAGCUAGUGCCUGAGAUGAUCAUCCUCAAUGGUCGCGAAGGUCGACACGAGACUGCCUUGUACCUAUUGACUCACGGUCUUGCGGAUUACGACACGGCAAUUCGCUACUGCCUGCUUGGCGGCUCGAGCAUAUUUCACCUGCAGUCUGCCUCUGCUGCAGCAUCGACGCCCUCGGCAUUACCGAGUCAUGACGAGCAGUCUCGGCUGUUCAACUAUCUGCUAAACGAGUUCUUCGCGAUUGAAUCGGAGGACGCGCGCCUAGAGCGCACGGCUGAGCUCCUCGAACGCUUUGGAGGGUGGUUCGAUGCAGCAAGGGUGUUAGAACAGAUUCCCGACAAUUGGUCGGUCCAAGUCGUCGCGGGUUUUUUGGUCCAUGCUUUCCGCCGGCUGGUCCGGGAUAAGAACGAGACGAUUGUGGUGAAGGCAUUGAGUGGCGCGCAGAACCUCAAGAAAAGCCUGGAAGUGAUAGAGAAGUCGGAAGGCGCAGGGCCAGUCGUGAUGGUAGCACCUCUCGAGUCGCAAGAAGCCGACGACGAGUCGUAUGCUUGAUCUGAUUUUUUUAUCAUCAUAGCCGAUAGUAACAAUGAGCGAAAUUCGCAGAUUAGUCAGCCAUAUGAUUUCCUGAUACCGCUGCACA